AUGAAGCCGAUCAUUGCGGUGCCUGCGACUCUAGCUCUAGUGUAUCGAGCCUGGUCUCGGAAGUCCCUAACACCAGUUGGCAUAGUUGCUGCCGCGGUCACGGCUGUGGUUCAUGCAUUACAUCCAUGCUCUGCGCCGUUUGCCUUCCUCGUCGUCUUCUUUUUGAGCGGGACCUACGUUACGAAGAUAAAACAUGACGUCAAGUCUAGACUGACUGUCUCUUCAUCUGGAUCCCUUGGAGGGGAGGGAGCUAGAACUCAUGUCCAGGUGCUAGCAAACUCUGUCGUCGCGUCAAUUUUAAUUCUCCUGGAUCUAGGUCGAUCACAUCAAGAGAAUCGGCCAGAGUCUUACUGUUUUCCGUACGGGGGAGAUUAUUUCAUGGUGGGGAUUACCGCGCACUACGCUGUCGUAGCUGCAGAUACAUUUUCGAGUGAACUUGGGAUACUUUCCAAAAGCCAGCCCAGGCUGAUCACUUCAAUAACUUUCCGUAAAGUGCCUCCGGGCACCAAUGGAGGCGUUACUGUGAUAGGGCUCCUGGCAGGUGCUCUUGGAGCCUUUCUCAUUGCAGUGACAUCUUUGAUACUUCCAUUCUGCCCCCUCGAUCCUGGAGAUGCUUCCACAAAGUCAGGUUUCGAAGGAGGGACAGCCUGGGGUUGGCGGGAGAAAGCUUCCUGGAUUGUAGCCAUCGCGAUAUGUGGUACGCUCGGAAGCGUGGUGGAUAGCAUUCUAGGAGGUCUCUUCCAGGCGAGCGUCGUUGAUAAACGUACCGGCAAGAUUGUAGAAGGAGCUGGAGGGCGGAAAGUUCUCGUGCAUCCCGGCGAAUCAAUAAUAACCGGCCUUGAAGAACCAUCUAACCGAGAUGUAAGCAGGAUCCGUGUUGCGGAAGACAUUGCGAAUACCUUGACUUCUGGGCCAUCCCUGAGGAAGCGUCGCUCUUCUUCUUCUAGCUUGGGAAGCUCUCCUGAUCUGGAGCAUGAAAGCCGCAAGAUGGAGGCUGGAUAUGAUUUGUUUGACAAUAAUCAAAUCAACCUUUUGAUGGCGGCAACAAUGAGCAUUUCCGCCAUGGUUGUUGCAUCGUACAUCAUGUAGCGACCUCUGGACUCGUUUUUAUGCGAAUACGAUGCUGUGCGUGCUGCGAUUAAAUCCAAUGAACUGCUCUCGUGGGGCUGCAUUGUCCCCGUCCUUAGUUUAGCCUCACCUAGUUCUGUUUAUAAUCUCGAGUUAUACCCAUUUUGUCCUUUUCUGUGGAACCAUUUCACAGUUUGAUUUCUCUCAUACAUUGUGCAGUGCUCUUGCCUAGCAAUUAUAUUAUCCACCCCCUGUUAGAUAAUUAAAUACCAUGCGAUCGAAAACAGGAGCACCAUUUUGCAUAGAUUCAGAGGUAUAAAAAUAAAACGAAU